AUGCCGCCUCCAAGAAGAAAAUAUCUCGGUGUUGCCCAAACUUCAACUUUUGAUAGCCAUAAAAAAGUUGUUGAUCACGUAAAAGAGAUACACAAAACAACAUUAUUGGGAUUAAUAUAUCGACAAGAUUCCAGAAGAGCAGAAGACUUGUUGUUUAAAAGAGAUUCUUAUAAAGUAAAGCCGUACAGAAAACUUGAUAGACUUAUUAAUGAGUUAACGCAUGCCGAAGAAAAAUAUCUGCCCUUAACUGAACAUGAAUAUUCUGUUAAACAAGUAUUUGCUCAAAGUCGUCAGAGUAUUUUGCAAUUGCAGGAAAAUUUUAAGAUGUUUACCCAACACCAACUUAGUUUAAACCAAACUAUUAUGAAUAAAAAAGUCUUAGCAGAAAAAGAAAAAGUAGCAACUACAAUUGAGAAUUUAUGCAAAGAGGUUGCAAAUCUUAAAAGCGAGCUUAUUAAAAAUAAUAAACAAAUUGAAUCAUUAAAUGAAAGGCAUAAAAAAUUACUCAAUUCAUAUGGAAGUUUACUGAAUAAUCAUACUGUUCUUAAAGAAGAUUACGUAGCGUUGUCAGAAAAUAAUAGUGAUUAUUAUGCAGAACGUUGUUAUCUAUUAGUGCAAGAAAAUAGUGAAUUGGUUAAACGGAAUUUAGAAUUAUUUGAAGAAAUCGAAUGGUUACACAAAGAAAUCAGAACAUUAUAUGAUGAAAUCGAAAAAUUAAAGAAAAGAAAUGAAUCGCUUUCUUGUUUGCUUAUACCAAUGUGGAUUAUCGGAUACGAUUCUCAAAUCUAUGUUUUACAUCCCUUAUUAGAAUUGAAUAUUAGAACUUUGAGGGAAGAAUUGGGACGAGCUUUUCAGAGUAGUUACAGUGAAGAAAGCACAUUUUUGCUUUUCGGAGUUAUUGCAGUGAAGAAAGGCUCCAUCGCGAUUUUAUGUGAAAUAGAAGUUUAUACGGGUUCUCCUGAGUUAA